GUCUGCAAGCGAGGCAAACGAACGUCUCCCCGCAACGCGAAAACGGGCGCAUGCGCACUGCGUGAGCGCUGUUUGAGUUAUUCCCUCUCCGAUAUCUAGGCGCUCCGAGAAGCGCUCCACUGGCGCCCCCCGUGCCCGCCCGCCGCCCAGCCCGCCGCCGGCGAGGAGGGAGGGGUGCGCGAGGUUCGGCGGCGUCAGCAGUCGGUGCCUACGGUGGGACAGAUAGCAUGGCGCUCGGCGGGAAGACCGCGACUCUGCUGGCCCUGCUCGCGGCCGUCGCCUCGCUGGGCGUGGCGCAGUACGAGAGCCGAGGGAGCUGUUACGACCAGCACCGGCGGCCGCAGCGCUGCAUCCCGGAGUUUGUGAACGCGGCGUUCAACGUGCGCGUGGAGGCGACCAACACGUGCGGCCUGCGGGGGCCGACCAAGUUCUGCCCGCAGACCGACGUGCCGGGCACGAGCAAGACGUGCGAGCUGUGCGACGCCGCCCGCCCCCACCUGGCCCACCCGCCGGACUACCUGACGGACUUCAACAACAACGACAACACCACCUGGUGGCAGAGCGAGACCAUGCUCGACGGCAUCCAGUACCCGAACCAGGUCAACCUCACGCUGGACCUCGGCCGGGCGUUCGACAUCACCUACGUGCGCCUCAAGUUCCACUCGAUGCGGCCCGAGAGCUUCGCCAUCUACAAGAGAACCGAGAGCGGCGGCCCCUGGCUGCCCUACCAGUACUACAGCUCCACGUGCUACGACACGUACGGCGUGCGGGCGGGCGCCUACGUGACCCGGGACGACGAGACGCGGGCCUUGUGCACGGGCGAGUUCAGCGGCCUCACGCCCCUCACCGGCGGCAACGUGGCCUUCUCCACCCUCGAGGGCCGCCCGUCCGCCUUCAAGUUCGACUCCAGCCCCGUGCUACAGGAGUGGGUGACCGCGACGGCCAUCCGGAUUGUGCUGACUCGACUGAACACAUUCGGAGACGAGAUCUUCGGCGACAAGCAGGUGCUGCGCUCAUACUACUACGCCAUCGCAGACUUCGCCGUGGGAGGACGGUGCAAGUGCAACGGGCACGCUCAGGCGUGUGACCCGGGCCCCGGCGGCGAUCGGCAGCUGGUGUGCCGCUGCGAGCACAACACGACAGGGGACAACUGCGAGCGCUGUGUGGACUCGUUCAACGACCAGCCCUGGGGACGUGCCACGUCCAGCGACGCCCACGAGUGCCAGCCCUGCAAUUGCAAUGGCCGGUCCCGCAAGUGCUACUUUGACAAGGAGUUGUACGAUCGCACGGGCCAUGGCGGCCACUGCAUCAACUGCAGCGACAACACCGACGGCCCCAACUGCGAGCGCUGCCGGGAAAACUUCUACCAGCGCAGUGAUGGCCGCUGCGUUGCCUGCGGCUGCGACCCCUUGGGGUCCCGUGUGCUGCAGUGCAACAGCAAGGGCCAGUGCCCGUGCAAGCCCGGCGUGGAAGGGCAGCGCUGCGACCGCUGUGCUCCCAACUUUUACGACUUUUCGGAGCAGGGCUGCAGGCCGUGUGGCUGCAGCAUGGCUGGCAGCGUGGACAGUCCUCCUUCGUGCGAUGCUGCGACGGGCGUCUGCCGUUGCAAGGCCAACGUGGAGGGGCGCCAGUGCGACCGUUGCCGCCCGGGCUUCUUCAACCUGCAGCGGGACAAUGAGUUUGGCUGCACCCCGUGCUUCUGCUUCGGCCACUCGGCUGUCUGCCAGAGUGCCCCGGGAUACUCCAAGCACACCGUCUACAGCACCUUCACCAGGGACAAGGAGCACUGGAAGGCGGUGGACUCCCGGGGUGCCCGAGUGCCCACCCGGCACGAGUACGCCGCCCACCACUUGGCCGUGGCUGCUCCUGGCGAGAACCAGGUCUACUUCGUGGCACCAGAGCGUUUCCUGGGUGACCAGCGGGGCUCGUACAACCAGAACCUGACGUUCACGCUACGCAUUGGGGAGGAGGGUGCCCGCUCGUCCCUGGAGGACGUGGUGCUGGAGAGCCCGUCGCAGAGCGUGUCGCAGCACAUCUUCGGCCAGGGCAACCCGCUGCCCUCCAUCCGCAACCAGGAGUACCGCUUCCGGCUGCACCAAGACUCCCGCUACGGCUGGAGCCCCACCCUCAGCGCCCAUGAGUUCAUGGCCCUGCUGGCCAACCUGACCGCCAUCAAGAUCAGGGCCACCUACCUGCCCAGGGGCACGGGCUUCAUCGACAACAUUGAGCUGCACACGGCCCAGCGGUCGCAGUACGGGUCGGAAGCCGCCAGCUGGAUCGAGAUGUGCACCUGCCCGGACGGCUAUGUGGGCCAGUUCUGCGAGUCCUGCGCCCCAGGCUUCCGGCAUGACCCGCCCGGGGGCGGUCGCUUUUCGCGAUGCGUGCCCUGCAACUGCAACGGACACGCCCUCAUCUGCGAACCAGACACUGGCCACUGCAUUUGCCAGCAUAACACGGCAGGGGAGUUUUGUGAGCGGUGCGCUCCCCGCUUUUACGGCAACGCACUAGUCGGCAGCCCCGAGGACUGCCAGCCGUGCCCAUGCCCCGACCAGGGGGCCUGCGCGGUGUUGCCCGACGAGAGCGUCGUCUGCCUUGAGUGCCCUCAGGGCUACUCUGGGAGACGAUGCGACUUGUGCUUUGACGGCCACUUCGGCGACCCUCAGGGAAGGUACGGGGCAGAGAGGCCCUGCCAGAAGUGUGACUGCAACGACAAUGUCGAUCCCAAUGCUGUUGCCAACUGUAACACCACCACCGGGGAGUGCCUGAAGUGCAUAUACAAGACUGCUGGCUUCCACUGUGAGAAGUGCCUCCCAGGACACUAUGGAGACGCCCUCGCCGUCCCCAAGGGAGACUGCAAACCAUGCAGCUGCUCCGGCCUGGGCUCUACAAGCGACCAGUGCGACCCGGUGUCGGGCCAGUGCCCGUGCCGGCCCAACGUGGCCGGGCGCGAGUGUGGCCAGUGUCGCGAGGGCACCUGGAACCUGGAAGGGGGCCAGGGCUGCGAGCAGUGCGGCUGCCACCUGGUGGGCUCCGUGAACCGCACCUGCGACCAGCGCACGGGCCAGUGCCACUGCCGGCCGGGAGUGGGCGGCAAGCGGUGCGACCAGUGCCUGCCCUACCACUAUGGCUUCUCCCCCGACGGCUGCCUGCCCUGCGACUGCGACAGCCUAGGCUCGGUGUCCCUCCAGUGUGCCCCGGACGGACAGUGCGAGUGCCGUCCCAACGUGGAGGGCCGCCGCUGCGAGCGCUGCAAGGAGAACAAGUACAACCGGGAGGCCGGCUGCGUCGACUGCCCCACCUGCUACAACCUGGUGCAGGAUGCUGUUAACCAACACAGAGAUAAGGUGGCAGACCUUGCGAGGCUACUCGACAACAUCGAGAAGAACCCCCAGAUAGUGAAAAGUGUGGACUUCGAGAAAAAACUGGAAGAGGUCAUGGUCAUUGUGAAUGACCUGUGGAAAGAUGCAAAGCAAGCCUCUGGCACGGACAAGAGCCUGGCGGACCGUCUGGAAGAGCUGGUGCGGCGCAUGCACCGGGUGCAGGAGACGGCCUCCAAAGUGGGGCAGGAGACGUGGCUGGCCGAGGAGGCGCUCUGGGCCGCCCAGAGCAACCUGUCCCAGGCCGAGGCCAGCGUGGAGCGCAUGGGCACCACUCUGGCACAGGCACACCGCUUCCUCGAGGACGAAGGCCAGCACGCCCUGCGCAGGGCCCUGGAGCGCUCCCACCGCUUCGGACAGCAGUCCGAGAUGAUGUCGCAGAUCGCCCGUGACGCGCGCCAGCUGGCCGACAGCCACGAAAACGACGCCCAGGAGAUCGUAAACCUCGCUGUGGACGCCCUGAACACCACCAAAGAGGCCCACCGGAUAGCAGAGGGCGCCAUCAGCACCCAGCACCAGACUGAAUCGGAGAUCUUCACCCUGAAAAAGAGGAUGAAGGACAUCAUGGACCUGAUGCUGCGUACCAAGAAGAUGGCAGAGGAGGCCAAGGCGGAGGUGGUGAAGGCGUACGAGGACGCACUGCGGGUGUACUCGGACACCACCUCGGUCCAGAUGCCGGACAUCGACACGGACGACCUGCUGCACCAGGCACAGGAGAUCAUCGAGGAGGCCCAGCGCAUCUACAAGGAAGCGGAUGACUUGAUGGAGAAACACAAAAACAUCUUCGAUAAAGUGAAGCCGCAGAAAGACGAAGCGGAGGAUCUGCUGGCUGAAGCUCAACGACAACAACAGGUGACAGACGAGCUCCUGGCGGACACGGACGCGGCCUAUGCCAAGGCCAAGGAGGCCGUCCAGAGCGGGGAGAAGAUUCUGGAAGAAGCCCAGAACACACUCAAGACACUCAAAGAGUUCGACGAGAACGUCAAGAACAGCAAGGAGAAAGCCAGGGCUGCCCUGGAGAGAGUGCCGGAGAUCCGGGCUCUCAUCGAAGAGGCCGAGAACAAGACGGCGGAUGCGCGUGACGCGCUGAAGGACGCGGAAGAAGACGCCAAUGCCGCCAGCGACAUUGCCACCCAGGCGGAACGCAUCGCCGAGCAGGCCUCCAAGGACGCCAUUCACGUCCGGAACGAUGCGGACCUCGCCAGGAGCACCGCCGACAAGCUGCGCAACGAGGCGGACGCGCUGGCGGACAGUGUGCAGGCCACCGACGAGAGGAUGCGGGGAUACCAGGGACAGGCAAAGGAGGACGAAGCGUUGGCCAAGGAGGCAUUGGAGAAAGCCAAUGAAGCGAGAACUGGAGCAAAGCAAGCCUCGGAUAAAGUCAGGGAUGCCUUGGCCACCGUGAAUGACAUACUGCGAGCUUUGGCCAAUGUGGACGAGGUCGAUCCCGGUCGUCUGGACGAGCUGGAGCGAAGGCUUGCAGAGGCGGAGCGGGAGCUGGAGCGGGCGCGUCUGGCGGAGCGGCUGGCGGAGUUGCAGAAAGCCCGCGAGCAGCAGGUGCUCUGGAUGCGCGACUACGAGGACGAGAUCAACCAGCUGAAGAAGGAUGUGGCCAACGUGCGGCUCAUCAGCGAGGCCCUGCCGGACAAGUGCUACCGCCGCAUACGGCUGGAGCCCUGAGUCCAGCCCCUCCCCUUGUGCCUCGACGGACGACUUCAUCUGCUUUAGCGGCACCUUUGAGUUAACCGUUUUCUCCGAGCCACAACGCGCGACGUUAAGACUCGGCAGAACACGAUGUGUACUGGAGACGGGUGUUGUGCAUCGAGCAAUGUGUAAAAAAGAAAGAAAAAAAGCUAUUUUAGAUUUAUGUUUUCAUUUUUCGCACAAAUCGCAAGCCCGCCCCCCCUCUUUUUUUUUUUUUUGCAUUUAUUGUAAUUGUUUGAGCAAGCGCUCGCUCAAUAUGUGAAAAUAGUCUCGAAAAAUCGGGGUUAGGCGCUCGUCAGGACGGAGUGCAAACAUGUGAGACGGGGCGCACAUAGGGAUGGGCUUCGCCGCUUUGCACCUGCGUAUUGGGAGAAGCGGCUAGUUGGGCUCGGAAGCCUGGGGUGGGUGCUUGAUAUGUCCUUUGCUUACUUUUUCGCUUUCCGUAAGUAGCCGCCGGGCGCAUACUCGGUAUUUUACAGUCCGUGUAUUUAGCGCAUUUAUCAGUGUUCUCAGUCAUUGCUGAGGUCGCGGAAUCUGAGAAAGCAACUCCGGACGGGGAACCUUUUGAGUCGCCUGUCAAGGGCUGUCCAGUGGCACGGGACUGUGGUCCCCUUGCGUGGCCACAGUCUCGUGUCGUGUGGCCCGUGUUUUUGGCGACGUGCAGCUGUAUAAAUAGCAAAAGGAGCCAGAAGCUUUGGUGCCAUCGUCCCGGAUACGAAAACUUGUCCCAAGGCUCGUUAUUUAUGGUAGAUUAGAGUGCAUCGUGCAGCGUUUCUGUUUUAGGCUGUCUGGCCUGAAACAGGAAAAGCUCACUACAAAAUUAGUCUUGUACUUUUCUAUUUAUUCAACCCUAAACUGGCUUACUCGAGGGGAGCAUUGUCGAUCGUAACGGCAAAAUCUGGCAGCACUUUUGAGUCAUUUCGGCAGAAGCGUGUUGCGAACAAUAUUUUGAGCGUCCCGUGCCCGAGCUCUGACAUAGACGCUGCGACCAAUCCAUCUAAAAUUGUCUACUCAUUUUCUUUCGUGUGCCGUUUCAUUUAUGUGACUUUUGUUCCAUGAUGCGCUUUAUGUGUACAGCGACAAAUUAGCCCGCUUACACCGAGCUUUGCUUCGGGGACGUGCAAUGUAAGGGACACAAGCGUGCAGGACUGCUGUUCACUGCCAAACUACACAACGUCUCCGACACAGUAAUCCGACACGGUACAGCCUCGUCAUGUGCUGAGACCCGCCGAGAUAGGCUUACGUUUUUACGUCUGUUGCGCCAAGACGAAUGGCAGGGAGGAGCUUCGGUUGCCCCGCUUCCAGAGCGUGCUCUCUACCUUUGACAAGGCUUCGAGCGUGCACGCACAUCCAAAGCGAAGGCGUAAGGCGUGGAGCACGUGCUGGAGGACGGGUGUUCAAAAGACGCGCCCUGCAGUUCCAAUUCUCCUGGCGACGAUAGUACCAACGCUAUGAAUCACGCGUCUUCGAAUUGGGACCCUUUUUAUUAAGGGGCAGCGGAUCUGUCGCAGGCUGUUCAAAAGCACCGAAGAGCACUCGUAAUUGGGUAGGGACCAACGCACAAGGGUGUCUACGCCUUUUGCUGCAUCUUUUCCGGCUCACAUUCACUUCAUCAUUCUUCAAAUCUUGUAACGCACCGUGUGCAAGAAGCUGCAGAAGAAACCCUGGCUCGGCAGAUAUGCGCUUGGUUGGGCAAGGCCUCCUGGUUGUAGUGAAAGCUAGGAUUACUGACAAUGUGGCAUUUACUGAACGGUCUUCUUAUUUCUUGGUUGCCAAACCCUGUUCGAUGUAAUACUACGUUUUGAGAGUUUACGAGAGUUUCUUUCGAACGACAAAAUCGGGGAGGAAGUGUUUUUGAUGCAAUUAGUCGGUGUCACUAUGGCCUUAAGAUACGAUCAAUUGGUGCCUUCCAUGAUGUUGCUACAUUGUUGAGUGGGUUGUGCCUAAAAAGAGUGUACCAGUCUCGUGAACCUAACAAGGAAAUAACUGUGUUACACGGUUUUUUGCAGCUAGUCUGCCCAAUAAAACUGAAUUUUUAAGAGCA